UAGUUUGAAGCUGCUCCUGGUGAGAUGUACAUCAUUAGGAACUUGCUUAGAAAUGUAUUCUCGUAAGAAGAGUUUGUUGCCCUUGGAUAUUACAUUCAAAUGUCAGUUCUCAACCUGAGAAUUGCAUACACUAAAUGACCGUAGUGGGAGAGAGGCAAGAGAAUGAGCUCCUCCAAUCAGAUCUCUCUGCUGCUUUGGAAGAACUGGACGCUCAGGAAGAGACAAAAGCUCCGUUUUCUAGUGGAACUCGUCUGGCCCCUCUCACUGUUCUUUGUUUUGGUUUGGUUACGGAAAUCAAACCCACUCUACCAACAACAUGAAUGCCAUUUUCCAAAUAAAGCGAUGCCCUCUGCAGGAAUGUUGCCAUGGUUACAGGGAAUUUUCUGUAAUCUGAACAACCCCUGCUUCCGCUACCCUACACACGGAGAAUCUCCUGGUGUGGUUUCAAACUACAAUAACUCCAUACUUGCUCGAGUGUACGCAGAUGUUCAGGAGCUGCUGUUUGAUAAGCCUGAAAUCUAUAAGCUGAGGAAGAUCUGGGAUGAUGUGUGUUUUCUGUCAGACUUCAUGGAUGUACUCAGAACGAAUCCUAGAAAGGUUGCAGGAAGAGGUAUUCGAAUCAGGGAUAUUCUGAAGGAUGAUGAAGUCCUGACCUCCUUUUUACUCAAGGAAAUUGAACUCUCGGACUCUGUCGUUUAUCAAUUGAUCAAUGCCCAAGUGCGGCCUGAACAGUUUGCUUAUGGAGUUCCAGACAUAGCCCUCAAAGACAUAGCAUGCAGCCAAGUUCUGCUGGAUCGUUUCCUAAUCUUCAUGAAUCACCGAGGACUGCGCACUGUCCUGAAUGGAAUUUGUGUGCUUUCCCACCAACGGCUCCAGAGAAUGGAAGAUGCACUUUAUGCAAACGUGGACUUCUUUAAACUCUUCCAAAUGCUUCCAAGAGUACUGAACCACUACUCGGAAGGAAUAGAUCUGCAUUUUUGGGUGCGAAUUAUGAAUGAUGCAUCACCCAUAUUAGAGGAGUUUAUCACAAAGGACAGCUUUCAAGAAUUGCUCCAAGUGAUUUACCCAUUCUUUACUGAAGAUGGACCAGCCACAUUCAGUCAGUUGAUGGAACUGUUGUCAAAUUUAAUUUGCGGAUAUCCUGAAAAUGGAGGCUCUCGUGUUUUCUCUUUCAACUGGUAUGAAGAUAACAAUUACAAGGCUUUUCUUGGAAUUAACAACACAAAGAAAGAGUCAAAAUAUGCUUAUGAUUACACAACCACUCCAUUCUGUAAUGCACUAAAUCAAAACAUGGAGUCCAACCCUGCAACCAAGAUAGUGUGGAAUGUGGUGAAACCAUUACUGAUGGGAAAGAUUCUGUUUGCCCCAGAUUCUCCUGCAACCCAACAGCUGAUAAAAAAUGCUAAUGUCACAUUUGAAGAGCUACACAGACUUAAAAGGAUUGGAAAGAUUUGGGAUGAGGUGAAGCCUCAGCUGUGGAAUUUCUUCCAAAACAGUGUACAAAUGAACAUAAUACGUGACUCAAUAAAAAACCCCACAGUAUCAUAUUUCAUAAACAGACAACUGGAAGACAUAGACUUGACAGCUAAGGACAUUCUAAACUUCCUAUACGAUAGACAAUCUAUUGAACAUGCAGAAGAGAUUCCAAACUUCAACUGGCAAAAUAUUUUUAAUAUAACAGAUCAACUCUUAAGCAUAUUCAAUAAUUACAUGGAGUGUUUAAACCUGGAUAAAUUCGAAGGCCUUUCUGACGAAGGGCAGCUCACCCACCGGGCACUUUACUUGUUGGAGGAAAACAAGUUUUGGGCUGGGAUUGUGUUUGUGGACUUACACCCCUGGUCGAACAAGCUUCCAACGCACGUGAAAUAUAAAAUCCGAAUGGACAUUGAUGCAGUGGAACGAACAAACAAAAUAAAAGACAGGUAUUGGGACCCAGGUCCACGAGCUGACCCAGUAGAGGAUAUGCGCUACAUCUGGGGAGGUUUUGCUUAUUUACAAGACAUGAUUGAACACGGAAUUAUCAGGACUCACACCAACGUUGAAGUGCCACCAGGGGUUUAUGUCCAACAGAUGCCGUAUCCCUGCUUUGUUGAUGACAUCUUCAUGCUAGCACUAACCCGCUGCUUCCCAAUGUUCAUGGUGCUCUCCUGGAUCUACUCCGUCUCCAUGAUUGUGAAGAGUAUUGUGCUCGAGAAGGAGCUCAGGCUGAAAGAAACCCUGAAAAUCAUGGGAGUCAGUAAUUGGGUGCAUUGGGUCACAUGGUUCAUCGACAGCUUCACCAUGAUGGCAGCCAGUACUGUGCUGGCAACCAUAGUGAUAAUGAGAGGAAAUGUGCUUCACUACAGCAACUCCUUCCUUCUUUUUGUGUUUCUCCUGGUGUUCACCGUGGCCACUAUUAUGCAGUGUUUUCUGAUGAGCGUUUUCUUCUCCAAGGCCAAUCUGGCAGCUGCUUGCAGUGGGAUCAUUUACUUCACCCUGUACCUGCCUCACAUUCUCUGCUAUGCUUGGCAGGACCGUAUGACCAAAAACAUGAAAUUGGCAGCGAGCUUGUUAUCUCCAGUGGCAUUUGGCUUUGGCACAGAGUACCUAUCCCGUUAUGAGGAGCAGGGUCGAGGACUGCAGUGGGAUAAUAUCCGUGCCAGCCCAGUAGAAGGAGAUGGGUAUAAUCUGCUGCUAUCCAUCCAGAUGAUGCUGCUUGAUGCCUUUUUGUAUGGGAUUCUUGCCUGGUAUCUUGAUGCUGUGUUUCCAGGCCAAUACGGAAUAGCAUCCCCAUGGUAUUUUCCACUGCAGUCCUCAUAUUGGUUUGGUGCUGAAAAAUCACAACCUACCACAGACGUGACAGCAGCAAUGGCAGGAAACCCCUUUUACGAGAAGGAGCCAUCAAAUCUGACUCUGGGAGUGUCGAUUCAGAACCUAGUGAAGGUUUUUACAGAGGGACAGAAGCCAGCUGUGGAUGGACUAAACAUUAACUUCUUUGAAGGGCAGAUCACUUCCUUUUUAGGUCACAAUGGAGCUGGAAAGACAACAACAAUGUCAAUGCUGAUUGGCUUAUUUCCACCUACAUCAGGGACUGCAGUCAUUAAUGGCAAAGAUAUCCGCACAGACAUUGAUGCAAUUCGACAGGAAAUUGGCAUGUGCCCCCAGUACAAUAUUUUAUUUAACAACCUAACGGUGGCAGAGCAUAUAUUAUUCUAUACUCAGCUGAAAGGCCAGACAGCGGAAGAGGCAGAGAAGCAGACAGAAGUAAUGUUGGAUGAGGUUGGACUUCCUCACAAGAAAGAUGAGCUGGCUCAAAAUUUAUCCGGUGGAAUGCAACGCAAGCUAUCAGUAGCCUUAGCAUUCAUUGGAGCAGCGAAAGUGAUCGUUCUGGAUGAGCCAACAUCUGGAGUAGAUCCUUAUUCCAGACGAUCCAUCUGGGAUCUCUUAUUGAAGUAUCGUGCAGGAAGAACCAUCAUUCUCUCCACUCACCAUAUGGAUGAAGCCGAUCUUCUUGGUGACCGGAUCGCAAUCAUCUCUCAGGGAAAGCUGCAGUGUUGUGGAUCCUCUUUGUUCCUGAAGAAUUGUUUUGGUUCUGGUUUCUAUCUGACCCUAGUUCGCAGGAUGAAGAAGGCAAAACAAAGGAAACAAAAUGCUAUGCCAACAUGUACCUGUGGAACAGGCUGUAGCUGUUCCUGCUCCAACUGUUGUCCUAUUGAUGAAACCCUUCCAGAAGAGGAAUUAGACGGUGAUGUAGAUGCAUUGACAAAUCUCAUCAAACAUCAUGUUCCCGACGCUAAGUUGUUGGAAAAUGUUGGUCAAGAGCUUUAUUACCUGCUGCCCAAUAAAGAUUUCAAACAUAGGGCCUACGCUAGCCUCUUCCGCGAAAUCGAGGAGACUCUUCAGGAUUUAGGCCUCAGCAGCUUUGGGGUGUCUGACACUUCACUGGAGGAGAUAUUUCUAAAGGCCACUGAAGAUCCUGUGCCUGGAGCAGGCUGUCUGUUACUAAGAAAGUCAGAAGCAGGCCUUAAAGAGGAACACAAGGCAACAGUUGUCAACAUUGAUGCUAACAAUGCAUCCAAAGAGGCUUCUCAGAAUGGACAGGCCGCAGAGAAAGGCCAAAGUGCUGAAAGAAAAGCAUCUGCUUCUGAGGUGAAACCAAAUGGGGAAGCGGUGACAGCAGGUACAGAUCCAGCAACUGCAGAGUCUCCUGGCCCCAUUACUGACAACCCCCAACCCGGUGGACAUGAUGGCAAAGGCUCCAGGCAGAUCCAAGGUUCAGACCUGGUCAAACAACAGUUCAAGGCAUUGUUUAUCAAGAGAUUCAACCAUGCUAUUCGCAGUCAGAAGGAUUUUUUGGCUCAGUUUCUCCUUCCUGCCAACUUUGUGCUGUUAGCUUUAAUCUUCUCACUCAUAAUCCCACCCUUUGGAGAAUAUCAAAGUUUAACAAUUCACCCAUGGAUGUACGGCAAACAGUACACUUUUUUCAGCAACGAACGUCCAUGGAAUAAGAAGAUGGGUCAGUUGAUGGAGGUGCUGGUGAAUAAACCUGGAUUUGGGACUCGGUGCAUGAGGGAGAAUCCCAUUGUAGGUCAUCCCUGCAGUAAUCAAUCCUCUGAUUGGAAGAUUCCAAAAAGUGACCCCACGAUUGUCAACCUACUACAGUCCCCAUUCUAUUCCGGCAGCAACCCUUCACCAUCCUGCCAGUGCAGUACAGGAAAUCGAUUGAUUAUGCUCCCAGACUGCCCUGCAGCAGCUGGUGGUCUUCCUCCAGCAGAGAGAGUCCAGCAUACAACUGACAUCCUGCAAAACCUUACCCAAAGAAAUAUAUCAGACUUCUUGGUCAAAACAUACCCGAAACUAAUAAAAAACAGCAUGAAGAGCAAGUACUGGGUUAAUGAACAAAGAUACGGUGGGAUUUCAAUAGGGGGAAAGCUUCCAGUUUUACACAUUGACCAUAAACAGAUCGAUGUCUUUUUCACCAAGUUGGGCCGUAUGUUCAAUGUCACUGGGGGUAAUAAUACAAAGAUGACGUUUCGAAGUCUGAAUGUUUUCCUGAAGCAUUUGGAGACUGAGGAUAAUGUCAAGGUAUGGUUCAACAACAAAGGCUGGCAUGCCAUAGUAGCAUUUAUGAAUGUUGCCAACAAUGCGAUUCUCCGAGCAAACCUGCCUGAGCUUCAUUACGCAGAGGACUAUGGCAUAACUGUUAUAAACCACCCACUCAACCUCACAAAGGAGCAACUUUCAGAAGUUACUGUUCUAACUACCUCAGUGGAUGCAGUGAUUUCAAUCAGUGUGGUCUUCGCCAUGUCAUUUGUCCCAGCCAGCUUUGUGCUCUACCUCAUUCAGGAGAGAGUUUCGAAUGCUAAGCAUCUGCAAUUUGUCAGUGGAAUGAGCCCUACUACUUACUGGGUGUCUAAUUUUCUCUGGGAUAUGUGUAACUAUUCAGUAACCACGGUGAUGGUGAUCUUGAUUUUCAUUGGCUUCAAUAAGAAAGCUUACACUUCUCCUCAAAACCUGCCUGCAUUCGUAGCUUUGUUGCUGUUCUAUGGAUGGGCAGUGACUCCCAUGAUGUACCCAGCAUCCUUUGUUUUCAGUGUUCCUAGCACAGCCUAUGUGGCUCUGUCCUGCAUCAAUCUCUUCAUUGGUAUCAAUGGCAGUGCUGCCACUUUCAUACUUGAGUUGUUUGAAAAUAAUAGGGCAUUGCAAUUGUUCAAUAAAAUGUUGAAAAAUAUUCUGAUUAUAUUUCCACAUUUCUGCCUGGGAAGAGGUUUGGUCGAUAUGGCCAUGAAUCAAGCAGUGACUGAUGUGUAUGCUAGGUUUGGUGAAGAUUUUUAUUUUAGUCCAUUCCAUUGGGAGUUUGUUGGCAAGAAUCUUGUUGCCAUGGCAGUUGAAGGAGUCGUCUACUUCCUUUUAAAUCUCAUUAUCCAACAUCGCUUCUUCCUCAACCACUUGCCAACAAUCCUCAGCAAUUUACCUGCCAUUGAAGAGGAUGACGAUGUAGCUAAGGAACGUGAAAGAAUUCAGGGUACGGGCAAACAUGACAUUCUGAAAUUAAAGGAACUGACUAAAUACUACUCAGGGAGAAACAGGCCAGCUGUGGAUAGAAUCAGUGUUGGUGUGCGACCAGGAGAGUGCUUUGGGCUGUUGGGUGUCAAUGGUGCUGGAAAGACGACUACCUUCAAAAUGCUUACAGGUGAUAUAGACCCGACCUCAGGUGAAGCUUCAGUAGCAGGUUACAGCAUUCUCACCCAUAUUGACGAUGUCCACCAGAACAUGGGAUACUGCCCUCAGUUUGACGCUAUCGAUGACUUGCUCACAGGUCGUGAACACCUUUUAUUGUACGCAAGGCUACGCGGUGUUCCAGAGGACGAGAUUGAGCAGGUUGCCAACUGGGGAAUUGAAAAGCUGGAUCUUGCAGAGUAUGCUAAUCAGAUGGCUGGCACAUACAGCGGAGGGAACAAGCGCAAACUCUCCACUGCCAUCGCCCUCAUCGGCUGCCCUCCAGUUGUCUUGCUGGAUGAACCAACUACAGGGAUGGAUCCAAAAUCUCGCCGGUUCCUCUGGAAUUGUCUCCUCAGUGUUAUCCGAGAAGGAAGAGCUGUAGUGUUGACCUCACACAGUAUGGAAGAAUGUGAAGCACUCUGCACGAGAUUGGCCAUCAUGGUGAAUGGGCAGUUCAAGUGCCUGGGUACCAUACAGCACCUCAAGUACAAGUUUGGUGACGGCUAUGUAGUGACUUUGAAGAUUAAAGGGACUCAGCCAGGAGCUUCACCUGACCUGAAUCCAGCUGAAGAAUUCUUCAAAAGCAACUUCCCUGACAGCUUGCAAAUAGAGAGACAUCACAACAUGAUCCAGUAUCAGCUGUCUUCAUCAUCAUUAUCCAAAAUCUUCCAGUUACUCAUCUCCAACAAAGAGCAGCUGAAGAUAGAUGAAUACUCAGUCUCACAAACAACUUUAGACCAGGUAUUUGUGAACUUUGCCAAACAACAGACAGCUGAGGAUGACAAUCUUGCUCUCCAUCCACGUGCUGCUGGGGCCAGGAGGGAAGUAAAGGUAUCCCCAGCUAAAGUGGAACCCAGUCAACCGAAUACUACCAGCACUUCCAAGACUGAGUUAAAUAACGAGAAGAAAUCCUGAGGAAGUGCCAACAAAAACAGCAAUAAGCAGACUGUACUACAUGGACUAAAUCACAAAUCUUCUGACUGUGACAUUUCUCCUCAGGGUGGUUACAAUAACACUGACCCCCACCAUGUCUGACAAGUCAAUAUGUAGUAAUGCCACUAUAAUUACAGCAAACUGCAACACCAACUUUAAAGACAUGCAGAUUAAGAACCAGCCCUAAUCAUAUCUGAGGUCAUGCAUAUGUCUAACUCUAAAGGAAAAUCCGUUGUCACCGAGUGAGAUAGCUAUAAAUUGAGCAUGGCUGAGACCAUCUCUCUCAGUCAUAACUUAGAAAGCCUGCUGAGGAAUUCAUAUUAAUGUUGUACAUUCCCCCUAACCUGCAGCAUGCACACAUGUAUAUUUAUAUACACAUACACGUAUAGAAAUUAAACCUUUAUGUACUAAAUCCCUGUUUCCUACAUUCAUUGUUAUACAACAUCUUCAAAUGUGGAUUGCUGUAUGAAUUUAAUAUGAAAUGCAUUUGGAAAUCUGUAAUGACAGUGCAACAUUUUCUAGACUUAAAUAAAGAAACAAGGGGGAAGA